AUGGGCAAGAACUUCCGUGAGUAUCCGGAACUUGUAGGCAUGGACACCACGUAUUGUGUCAACAAGAACCAAAUGCCGUUGGUUGUCUUUAGAGUCACAGAUUGCCAUGGCCAAGGAAAGCCAGCUGGUUAUUGUUUCGUUGCCAGUAAGAAAAUUGACAUUAUGCGAAAAUCAGUAAUGACCUUCAAGCAGGCCAACGCUGAUUCUAUUGAGCUAGUUCAAACUAUUGUAGUCGACAAAGAUUACAAUGAGGUAACAGUCUUGAAAGAACUUUUACCAUCUGUUCAUAUUCACUUGUGCAGCGUCCAUGUUCUUGAAGCAUUCAAGAGAAAUAGCAAAGAUGAGGUGAACAAGGACAAAAUCAGGGAAGUCCUCCAAAAUAUAGUUUACGCCUUAACUCACAGGAAAUAUAUGGAAUAUCUUGAAGAGCUCAAAGAUGAAGCAUCACCCACAUUCAUGGAAUAUUUUAAUAAAUAUUGGGCAGAGUAUGGGACAGCUUGGUCCUGCUACGAGCGGUUAAACUCCCUGAAUUUAGGCCAGAGGACCAACAAUUCAGUUGAGUCGCACAACAAAAAUAUCAAAAGCCUUAUGAGCAAACGAUCUUCAUUAGUUGAGCUUGUCAAGGGCCUUUUGGUUUUGCAAGACAGCAGUGAUGCUGUUACUAACUAUAAAGAUUUCUUGGGGAUAAUGAAGAUGUCAUACCGCACCGACACUGCAGAGACACUAAUGUCCAAAAGAUUUUAG